UGUAGUUGCAGAGUCAGAGCCAGAAACGUCAACAUACGCUCUCUAAUCAAGCUAUUCGGAAUAACAGUUUUUAAUUAGUCUAUUUACUGGCGUUUUGGUCUGCGCUUUGGUAGGCAAGCGAGACAUCAACAGGAUAUCUUCCGACAGAACAAUACGGUGCUGCACCUUUAUUUGACAUCUAACAGCAAUGCACGGACGAGUGAAGCUGAAGUCCACUGCCCAGCAGGAAGAAGAGAAGAGGAAAGAAAGAGAGAAGAAGCUGAAGGUCUAUGUGGCAACACGAGAUGCCUGCUUCAACAAGAGGAAAGAGGGUGCGAUGGACGAUGAGGCUCUGCAGCUUACCCAGCAGCUGCUGUCCGCUAACCCAGAUUUCGCCACCCUGUGGAACUACAGGAGGGAGAUACUCACACACCUGGAGACGGUCAAGGAACAAGAGGAGGUCCAGAAGAAGUACGAUGCGGAGCUCUCCUUCCUGGAGACGUGUCUGAGGGUGAACCCCAAGUCCUACGGCUGCUGGUACCACCGGGGAUGGGUGUGCGAUCGGCAGCCCAAGCCCAACUGGGCCAGGGAGUUAGCACUGUGCGACGAGUGCCUGGCUCUGGACGACCGCAACUUCCACUGCUGGGAUUACCGUCGCAUGGUGGUGAAGGCGUCAGGCGUGCCGGUCGAUCAGGAGCUGCAGUUCACUGAUCGCUUGAUCGGGUCUAACUUCUCCAACUACUCCAGCUGGCACUACCGCAGCACCCUGUUGCCCCUGCUGCAGCCGGAGUCUCCCGAUGCCCCCGCACCUGCCCCCGGCGCCUGCCCUCCUACCAGCUCCCCACCCAACUCCCCACACACACACUCACACAGGGUCUGUGAGGAGCAGUUGCUCAAAGAGUAUGAGCUGGUACAGAAUGCUUUCUUCACUGACCCCAACGACCAGAGUGCCUGGUUCUACUAUCGCUGGCUUCUGGGCAGAGCGGAGAGGGAGGAGAUGAUCAGCUGUGUCUACAUGACUCGAGAGGGGGAGCGCGUCGUCGUGGGCUUCUCCAGACCCGUCAACGCCCAGGGGGUAGGCUUGAUGCUGAUAUUGGAUGGUAAGCCCCAGAGGGUGCAGUGGAGGAGCGCCCCUCCUGCAGCCAGACACACUCCUGUCUGGAUAUGUGAGCUUCCUCCAGGCUCCAUCAGUGACCUCAACAAUGAGCACAACCUCACCAUCAUCUGGACCGAGAAGCACACACAAAGAGAGUGUGCCCUCUACACAGGGCGAGCGGAGAGCUGGUGCAGGGACUCUGCCACAGACCAGGAGCUUUUCAGGAGUGAGCUGUCUGUGGAGAAGACGUCAGUGCUGCAGUCGGAGCUACAGUCCUGUAACCAGCUGCUGGAGCUGGAGCCAGAGAACAAAUGGUGCCUUCUGACAAUCGUGCUGCUGAUGCGAGCACUGGAUCCCCUGGGCUACGAGAAGGAGACACUCAACCACUUCCAGAAACUCAAGGAGGUGGACUCCAUGCGCACUAACUACUACAGUGACCUGUGCAGCAAGUUUAUGAUCGAGAACACCAUCCUCAAGAUGGAGUACGCCGAGGUCCGCGUCUUCAGCAUCUCAGACAAGAACCUCACCACCCUGUGUCACCUGGACCAGCUGCUAUUGGUCACUCACAUGAACCUCUGCACCAAUCAGCUCUCUCGAAUCCCACCACACUUCUCAAUGCUGCAGUGCUUAGAGGUGCUUGAGGUGAAUGACAAUGUGCUGGAGAGCCUGGAGGGUCUCCACAGUCUGCCCAAGCUGGAGGAGUUGUCCCUGAAGAACAACAAAAUCUCCUCGUUGUCCCAGCUCCGGCCGCUGGCCUCCUGCACUAAGCUGAGUCACCUGGACCUGCGCGGGAACCCCGUCACCCAGACGGAAAACAUCGCCGCAGAGCUCGCCCAGCUCCUGCCCUCUGUCACCGACCUCAUGCUCUGAUGAUGACCCCCAUCCUUCCCUCUACACACACACACACACACACACACACUACUCACCAAACCAAACCAAAUCACAUCACUCCAACCUGACACAUCCUCUUCUUCUGUGUGUGUGUGAAAGUGUCUGUCUGUGUGUGUGCGCGUGUGUCUGGGUGUGCGCACGUGCGUCUGUGUGUGUGUGUAUAUGUGUGGCAUUUGAUAGUGUUCAGCCAUUAGUAGAGUGUAUGUGUGUCCAUGUUCAUACACACGGUUAUGCAGGCAGGCAUGCACACGUGGGCAUUUGUGUGUGUUCAGUUCAAUUUGCAGUGUUGAUUCAGCACGUUAGAGAGUGGAAUGUAACACUCGGGCAUUAGCACUGCAAAGUCGUGUGUGUGUGCGCCUGUGUGUCUGACUGUGUCUGUGUCUGUGUCUGACUGUGUGUAUGUAGUAUAUUGUCUGUGUGUGUGUGUGUAGUGUGGAUCUGUCUGACGAUGAACACGUCAGCCAGCCAGCCUUUUUCCAGCUCCAGUCUUCACUGUGAGGGAGCUGCGAUGUCGUUACAGGUGUCUGACAUCAACCACUAUUUAUUCACCCUCUCCCUCUCCUCAAGGCACUGUAACUAGAAGUGUUCUGAUUUUAUACUUGUUUUGUGUAUGUGUGAAAGAGGGAGGGAUAUAUGAGUGUGUGUGUCUGUCUGUCUGCACUGGGUGUCUGUUUUUUUUGGGUGCGUAGCUGCUAUUAAAAAAAUGUUUUGGUUACUCCAUUUCUUGGUAAUCCAGCACACCUAACUGCAUGUUAAAAUCUAGUAAUAAAGCAGCAUUCUUUUAUGUGUGUGUGUGUGUGUGUGUGUGUGUGUGUGUGUGUGUGUGUCCGUGCACGUGUGUGAAUGUACGCAUGUGUGUGCGUGUGUGUGUCUGUACGUACGUGCGCAUGUGUGUGUGUAUGUGUGUGUGUGUGUGUGUGUGUGCCCCCGUGUCUCUAUGCGUGUCAUUGUGUGCG